GAACGAGGAAUCAAAGGAGGAAGAUGGCGACCGUGGAGCGUGGAAAAAAGGAGGAAUGAUGAAGGCAGCGAUCAUGUUGAAAAAGGAGCUUCAUCGUCUUAAUUACUCAUACCGGGCAGCCAUGAAAGCUAAUCACACCACCCACCGACUCCCCCGGGUCCCGCCUCUGCUAAAAGCUUCUCCUCAAAGCUUCUUUCCUACUUCGAUCCUCCCAUCACCCCAUUUCCCGAUCUCCUCUCACUCCCUCCUCUCCUCACCAAAUCAUGCCCAUUGCCAGCUCCAACCACCACCUACCGCCGCCUUCUCCCAUCCCCAGGGCCAGAGGCUCUCGCUCCGCCGCCAAUGACCGCCUCAGCGGCUACCUCGACAAGACGCCCCAUUGUCCGGAGCUGACCCUCCCGGCGUCUCACUUCCCGGCAAUCUCGCACAUGCUGGUGCCGGCGGAGAUAGAGUACCGAUCGCUGUCAGCCAGGAUGGAUGCGGUGGUGAGAUCGGCCAAGGAGUUCGGUGCAUUCAGGAUAAGAGGUCACGGGAUAACGGUGCGGGAAUUGGGGAAAAUGGAGGAAGAAGCCCAAGACGCGGCUGCUUGGAAUGCCGGGGAUGUCAUCCCCUGCGUUCGUUGUCGCAAGGGUACAUUGCAGUUCAUCGCUUCCAAGUCUUUCGGCCUUCAUUCCUAUCCCAACUUUUGGAUUUCUAUGGGGAGAGUGGCAAGUAGACUGGAUAGCAUAGUGGAGCAAGUGAGUGGGGCUCUAAAAGAGUUGGAGCAGCGGAUUCAAGACACAGAGUCGGUGAUUAGCUUGUGCAGGCAUCCCCAUGGCGACGUGGAUGAAACAGACGAGAGAUGGUGCGAUUAUGCUCUUCGUUUCUACCUUCCCUUGCAGCAAUGUAUAUUCUAUAUUCAAUCCGGACGAGGUCCCUUAUCAUUUGAUGCCGGUCCUGACACUAUCGUCGUCACCGUUGGCAAACAACUCCAGGAGUGGAGCCACGGGGGAUUUAAGAGUGUUGCAGCUGAAAUGAUAUUCAUGUCAGGUUUCCAGAGUAAGCAGGCCUCUCUAUCCGUAGAGCUUAAGUUGUUCCGCAGCUUGAAGACUUCUCACAAGAUACUCUCCUUAUCUGAUCAGAUCCUAAUUCUACUAGCCCUUACAUUUUUAUGCAAUUUCUUGUCACUUCUCUUUUCUUAUUGAUUCCCCAUAUUUGACAAGUGGUUGCAUCUUAGGGUUUGUCUGGUCAUGGUUAAGCCCCUCAGUCCGACACCAGUUUUGCUCCUUCCGAUUCAUUUUCUAAAAGCCAUUGUGAUGUACAGUUGAAGUGUGAAUUGUAAAGGUUGCGGGAUUUGAUUAAAUUACAAGCUAUAACUUGAUUUCUGAUCGAGUGGGAAACAAGCAGAGUCAUUUGUUUUAUGCACAAGUCUGGUUUAAUGUGAGAAUGAUCACGUAUUUAUUGACACACCGUCACCAUGAUAUAUUGAGUAUUAUUAAUAUAAUGAUUGAAUGAUUAAUU